CACGCUCCGACUGCAACUUGUUGCUUCGUUUGGAUGUGUUUUAUUGAUUUUCCGAAUGGGGAAAAUGCGCAUUCGGCAAAAACGUCAGUCUCCAGUAUGGUCUAGGCAUAAACACACACAUUUCCAAUAAAAAUGGAGGACCUCCUGUUAAAUAUAGUGAAAGAAGCCACGGGAUCGAAACUGAACAACUUGAAACAGAGGGCACAAGAAGCGCACGAUCUAUUAUCGGCACAACAGAAUCUUUUAAGAAGUCCUUCUCACGAACUCAGGUCCGUGUGUUUUCUACCGCUGAAGUUGGCCCUGGAGAGCAAGAGGAGCAAACUGGUGUCCUUGGCCUUAACGGGGUUGAACAAAAUAGUAAGAGAUGAAAGAUUUCAAUCAGGAACAGAACCAGAAGACGAUUCCCUUUGGUUACCAGCCCAACUGCUCUUGGCAACUUCUUCCAUGCUGUCCCAGUGCGAAGAUACGCAAGUCCAUAUACUGCGGGUGGUCCUGAACCUAGCUUGUUCAGCGAGUUGGGCCUUGAAUGGGAGGUUGGUGAUGCUCUUGCUCAGCAGAUGUGGAGAAGCCUACGAAACUGGAACACAACCUGUCAGAGCCGCGGCUCAAGCGGCUGCCUCUCAAACUUUGACAGCUUUCUGCACAUUUUUAGAUGAAGAAUGCCAGGAAAUUCUACAGCAGCAACAGAAGCACAAAAAUUCAGGAAGCAGUGCUGAAAUGGUGUACACAAAAACUUCUACAGUGGCAUGUUUCAAUGAAGCCAUACCCGUGAUGCAGUAUAUUUGCAGUAAAUUGGAAGAAACUAAAUCGUUACCAAAAUCAAAUGACAUAGUAGUGUUCCUACUGGAAUGUCUUUUGACCCUUGUGAACACUUUGCCACAUACUGUUCAUUCCAACAUACACUUUACCACGUUUCUUUGGCAACGCUUCUGUCCCGCUCUUCUUUCUCUGCUAGGAGCACCCGGGGAUACGUCUGGGCAAGCUUUAACAACAAGUCAAUCCAAAAUUGUAUAUAGCAUCGGCAUCCAAGUAGUUAGACUAGUGGGGAGAGAACGAGCUCUGAGACCAGUGUUAGAAGCUCUAUUCCAUAGAAUGCUACUCUUACCAAGCCCUCCAAAAAGAUUAGAACCAUUAAGAGCAGCCAGGGAACUCCUGAGGUCUCCUGGAAGACUUGCUGAUUUACUUUUACUGAGUGGACCAAUUCAUAGACACGCUGGUGAUGACAUGGCAAUAAUAAGACUGAUUAUGGACUCAAUUGAAGAAUCAUCCCAAUGUGCUGAUCCUAGUGUACUAUUGGCUAGUGUAGAAUGUGUAGGGGCCCUUUUGGGUUCUUUAGAAGCCCUAUGUAGAGGAGAGGGACUGAACCAAGAAGCUGCUGACUUAACCAAUACCAGAUAUCUGACUGUGGAACAAGCCGACUAUACCGGACCUUUGACUUAUCAAUCCUUGGCAAGGUUACCAAAGCCAUAUAGGGACGUGGUGGCAAAUCUGAAAUACCAGAGCGAUUCGGAUAGUAGUGGCAUUGAGGGAAAUAUUCCUGAUGUAGAAGGAGGCUCGGAGACUGACUGUUCUGGAGCUACUGAAGGACCUGAGGAAGAAGGUAACUUAUCAGAUGACAGCAUCAUGGACGAUGAUAGUUUUUUGACCAACCAGCAGCUGCAAAAGUUAUAUAAGUUGCCAAAAUCGCUCAACUUGGGAAGAACAGGAAUAGAAGAAUGUAAUACAGAUGUAGAAAGGCAUAAUGCUAGACAUUUUGUCAAGACAUUGCAGCAUAUACUAUUGCCAAAUUUAAUGUCGUUAAGGUCAUCUAUACAGGUGGAUGAGGUGUUACAAGAAUUUGCCUCUAAAUGCUGUCAACACAACUCUGCACAAAGUUACGAAAUAGCUACAAUCAUGAAUGCUGAUGGAGUAUAUCUUGCCACUUACUCAGCAUUGUUAUUAGAUUUAAAACUAGUUCAAGCAGGCCAUUAUGAUGAUCAAAAUAAAGACGUUUCUGUGCCCAUAACAGAGGCUCAAUUCGUCGAGGAAAUUCAUGGUAGCGGCGUUCUAGUCUACGUGUCUGCUACGUGGCUUUGUGAAUUGUACCAGAACGUCUUGGCCAAAUCCUUACUGCUUGCAGCUGGAUACGAACCGAAAAAUUCACAUCAGCCCGCUUUGGUUAAUUUACUAAUAGAUGUUGGCGGUUUAUGUCCAUCCCAACUUCUGACCGACUGGCAGAAACUUCAAAAAGUUCACGGCACCCCAGAAAGCAGCGCUGAGGCAGAUGCAGGGAUUAAAUUGUCCAGGAGGGUUCUAACUUGUUGUUGGGACUCUGUCGUGUCCGUUUUGGGGGCUCCUCUUGGGGAAAGGCCUCAUCUAGGCGGCACUUCUGCUCUCAGCAGAUUGGUCGCUAGGAGAGCGCGACAAAGGUACAGACAAAAGAUACGUGAUGACAUCAUUACGGCUAGUUUGGAAGGAUUACACAAAGCUGCUAGUUUAAGCAAUACCUUAAAGCUCCAAGCUAGAAGUAGCAGCAUUUUAUCUUUGUUGUCUGCUUCAUCGUGCAAAAACCAAGGCGCAAAGUUACUAGCAUCGCACGCUCUAUCACUAGAUGUCCUACUUUCCAAAGGAUUGGAACUCGGGUGCCACAGUUCAGCAUGCUGGCCACACGUUUUCAGUGCAUGUGUUGCUGUGGCAAGUCUGGAACAUUCCCUUUUCAGUAAAACUGGAUCCACUCAGUUACUGAUGGUGGCUCAGAACACCCAAAAUAAUAUAGUAACUUCGACCACGUAUUCCGACCCUCAAGAGAAGCUGCAUAUGAGCUUCAAUAUAACUAACAAUGACGAGGAGACUUGCGUGGAUGUCUACAGUUUCCUCCACAACACUUCGUACUGCUCCGACCAGUCUUCUUCUAACGACGCCACUGUGGCAGAAAUAGUCGAAAAGAGUGGAGCGAACAACGCUCAAGGUCAAGGACUCUUAAGGGGAGUUUACGCGGCUAAGGUUUGUUGCGUUUUGUCGCAAAAGGCAGACGAGCUGUUUCACUCGGCUGCACUACGUCUAUCUUUGCCAGGAUUGUGCAGUUUUCUGAAUGAGCUGUGCAAAGCAUCACACACUCAGCUAUUUACAAGAUAUGAAGAAUCACCCAGACAACAGAAAAAGUGGUGGAAGAAAGACUUGGAGAUCCAACAAAAACCACCCGCAACCCUACUUUUGCACAGGAUAGGCGAGGUCACGCUGAAAUGUAUAAAAUCUGGUAGGCCUCUAAUCCACAUCAUGAAAGUUUGGUCCAUAGUCGGUCCGCAUUUCAUGCAGGCGGCGUGUCACAAAGACAGAACUAUUUCCAAAAAGGCAGUCACUUGCAUACAUGACUCCGUCACAGCUCUACUAAACGAACAAGCUGAACUUCCACAUUUUCACUUCAACGAAGCACUCAUUAAACCAUUUGAGAACUUGUUGUGCUUAGAACUAUGCGAUAUGGACGUUCAGGAUCAAAUAGUUGCCUGCUUAUGCGAGUUCGUCGAGGCCAAUAGGAUCGAGAUCUGCUCAGGGUGGCGGCCACUGUUUGGAACUUUAAGAGUAGCGAACGCCAAGAACAACGCUGCUGCAAUUUUGGAAGUGUUCAGAAUCUUUUUAUCUACGGAUAAUACUUUGGUGUUUGCUAAUGCCGCUCUGGAUUACAUAUUAUGCCUUUUGUCGCACAUAAAGAAUUCAAACUUUGACGACAAUCAGUCAGAGUACGUGGCUCAAACCGUGAACCAACCUAAUGAUAAAAAGUCGCUGUCAUUUUUGGACAAAGAAACAGAAUUUCCUUCCAAGUUAUUAAUCGGUCCUGUCGAUAUGUGUAUAGAAUCUCUGAAGUUGCUACAAAACUGCGCAGCAAUUUUAUCGAUGAUAUACAACAUGCCCAAAUGUCCUACUUUUAAUUUAACCCACAGAAUGAACAUCGACACAAAUCCACAACUCGUAGACUCUGUUAUACAAAACGCAGAAAUCGUUAAUUUUAACCAAUCCAUCUUUGACAAUAUAAGUUAUGAGAUAUUAGUUACCCAGACAGAUUUUGACAACUGUGAAUCGGAAAAACUCACAUUAGCUCACAUGGACAAGCAGAGCGGGGUUUUGAAAAUAUAUUACAUUCUUUUGGAAGGACUGUCAUCAGCUUCCAUUCUUUCAGCUCCCAAAAACCAACCAUUCGUGGUAGAAACGUUAUUUAAAUUAAUCAGAGACCUGAUAGUUAACCCAGGAAUCAACUUUGGGUUUUAUUGUAUAAAUCACAUUCUUUUACCAAUGGUCCAAAAUUGGUUGAGACAGAACGUGAAGGUUCAGAAACCUGGAGAAGUAUGGCAAAAUUUCAAACACUGCUGCGGUUUAGCUAGCGAACUGGUUGUGGAUUACUUAUACCACCUUCACGAAAACCAACCAACCGAAGAGAACGAAAACCCAGCAGCUACAUUAGCCCUAAAGCAACUCUUACUAAUUCUGAUAGAGUGUAUAGCACAGCCCUCUGAAAAUAUUGCUAGGCUAGGAACUUCUUGUAUACGACACAUUAUUUUAAGUGCAGGGAAAGUCUUAACCGUCCACCAGUGGGAAAUACUAGUUGUAGCUUUGCAUCGAGCUUGUACCAUUAGUUUGCACCCUUUACAGCAGCUCACCCUAGCUUUUAAGGAAAAUUCGGAUAGCUUCUAUGGAGACCUGGCUACGGUUAAAGUAGCAGCUAGGAAAGACAGUUCCGUGUCGGAAAAUGAAAGGCUAUAUGAGCUGGCUCAGCAGGUAUUCUUAAUGCAAUCGCAGAGAUACUGCCACAAGUGUCAGGGUAAAACUUGCGAAUGUGAAGUAACCAAAGGAGUUGUAAUAGAUGACAGAACCUACGUGUUCUUGCUAUAUCCUUUUGACACCAACUCUAUGCUGAACCCAGACUUAUAUACCAUUAGGGUUCCAUUCAGAAACCUUGUGGUGGGCAUCUUAGCCCAUCAGAUGCUGGUACAAACUAUUUCGAGUGCGUUGUUACAAAAUUUGAAUCACAUAACCCCUAUAUUAAACAUUUUGCAAAUCAAUUCCUGCAGUUUAAGAGGCAUCUUAACUAAGGUUAAUGCGAAACAUGUUAAUAUAUUACUGAAAUGUUUAGAAAUCUCCAAUGUGCGUUCCAAAGAAUUUGACGUUAGACCUGGGUUAAAAUUUUUGACUCAGAAAGUGGGGAAUUUGAACAAAGCAGCGAAUCUAUAUACACAAGCAAAUACAUCAGAAGUUGUCCAAAUAAUAGUGUUGAUAGAAUUGUGCUUAGACGGCAUAGAGAAGUACUCUAUAGACCCGAAAAGUCUUAAAGAAAUACUAGCUCGUGAAGAAAAAAGUAAAUGCUUAACAGACUUGGAUUACAUAGAAGAUUUCUUGAAGAAAUUACAAGUGAAGUGGGAUAGAUUAUGCGAAUCUUACAUUAAUUUAACUUUAGUAAUUCCCGACGUGUCUGAUGAAAGUGACGACGAUAUUGCCCCGUCUUCAGAACCAUAUCCCAAAGCGUUCAAAUUGGCAGACUUUAAACAAGACGAAGAUAACGAUAAUUUAAGCGUGAGUACAGAUUCAGAGAGUUAUUUAGAGCGGGAUAUCUUACCCAAUUUGAAGAACGACGAGAAACUGGUAGAAACCACAGAAGUAAAGAAGUCGAAACUGCAACAGAGUUGUAGUUUGGACGAAAACAUAAUCCACAAGAAAGACAAAAACGAGAACAGUUCCACCGAUGAUGAAACUAAUGAAUUGGCUGGCAAAUACAACAGUAAAAUAAUUUACCAGAAGUAUAAGAUUGAAUUGAAUUCUAUUAAAUACGACAAAAACACUUUAUUGCAAAUGAGGAAGUCCACAAUUUCAAGCGACAAUAUAAUAAUGUCUUGCGAUAAAGGGAAUGAUCUGUCUAAAUCAAAGAGUUGCCAUCUUUGGAUAAAGGAAGACAUAAACUAUGAUAGUAAAUUGAAAAAACCAUCUCCUGCCCAUAACGGUCCAAAAUUAAACCCAUUCACUUCGAGUAUUAUCCCUCCUCCAUUGCCUGUACCAACGGAAAUUCAGCAGCAAAGAGCCAUGAGUAUAUUUAAGGAUUCAGAGGCGUACAAAACAACAAGAAUCGAAACAAUGGAGGCUUGCCUGGAACUUCUAAGUAGUUUACCAUCCGAAAAAUUGUCCCCUUUGGCCACUAUACUAAAAUCAGGAGCAGUUUUACUAAUUGGAGCUCCCGAUGAGAAAAUUAAAAAGGCGGCAGAGGUUUUACUUCAAAGGAUGAAUAUUUCUUACAUAGAUCACGACAAUUAUUAAACGCUUUUAACCGUGUAACAGUCUAGCGGAGUAAAACUAGAUGUAGGUUAUUUACAGAACCCAUGGAAAACCAUAGCAUAUAUUUAUUUCUAUGGGAUAAGGUCAGGAUUGAACUGGAAAUGUGUUUGGUUGCACAAAAUUGAAAAUUUUACUUUUAUAAUAACAUGAAAUGUACAAUAUAAUAUCUCUUCUUUUUGCGAUAAAAUAUUUAGUUGGUAAAGUCCAUCAAAAGAUGCUUUGAAUAAAUGUAACUCACUUAUUUUAUUUAGGUACGUUCCAGUUCAAUCUUUGCUAUUAUUUUAAACAUAGCUCGCAUAUUACGUUGAUUACACAGCCACACAAAAAAAAGUCCAAACCCAAGAGAGCCAUAUAUUAUUUCCGAAGGAAUUCGACGAGCUGAAGUCGAUACUACAAAAAUGAUACAUUUUACAGGAUUGUGUUCAGCGCAUUGAAUUCCUGCGGAAAUGAUGUGUGGCUCUCUUGGAUUUGGACUUUUUUUGUGGCUGUGUUAUCGUAAAAAUAUCAGUUUACUUAUUCCCAAACACUGAAAUAACGCGCCAAAGUUUUUGUGGUAGACAUUUUGUAUCUAUUGUUUUGCCUAUUGCUGAUCUAUACCUAAUAGCUGGAAUAAAUGAUUUGGUAAAUUCGAUUAUUCUCCUAGUGGAUUUUACAUAAAAUUCUGAGAAACGUUUCGUUACGUAAUUUUCAAUUAGAUUGCAAAAAAUUCAACCCAGCGUUAAUAAACACUUUUUUUCGAUUGGAGAGAUGCUACUACUAUUUUUUAAAACGUUGUAGAGUUUAUCGAUAUAAUAUUUGUAGAGCUUUUUUUUGUCCUGGGUGGUACACACUCAUUAUUUAAUUUUUUAAAGUAAAAUUCGUUAGGGGAAUAUAAAUUUUUUGGGCUAACUGAAUGUAAUUCUAAAAUAUAACCGCCCUUUCUCACUGUAAAUGAUGUAAUUAAGCAAAUGAA